AUGGCGCUACUGGCAAUAGAGUCGGCCGCAGAGUAUGAUGAAGUUGUUACAGGUUGGGAGUUUCACUCUCAUAAGCCUUACGCCUCGUCAACUCUGAAAAACAACGACGAAAUCAGAAUUCCGUUAAGUCAACAGGAUAUAAUUACGGCGCCGUUCGAAACCAGUAUACACAUCACUGGUAAAGUGAGUGCCAAGAAAGCUGACGGGAGUGAGGCCAGUAUUUCACUAAUAAACAAUGCCAUCGCAUUUUUAUUCGACGAUGUAAGGUACGAGAUAGGCGGAAUAGAGGUUGACAGGACGAAAAAUGUAGGUAUAACGAGUACUAUAAAAGGACUACUCUCCAUCAGGGAUGAAGAACAAAAGUGUCUCGUAAACGCGUGCUGGCUCGGUCCCAAUAAGACCAGUGAGGCCGGUGAUUUUACAUAUUCGGUGCCUCUGAAACUUUUGAUGGGUUUUGCCGAGGAUUACAAGAGAAUUGUUGCGAAUGUUAAGCAAGAGCUUGUUCUCUUGAGGUCAACUACGGAUAUUAACGCCGUUAUCUCACCGGACGCGUCAAACCUCGACUUUCAGAUUACAUCGCUCGAGUGGCGUGUACCACAUGUUACAGUGUCAGAUAGUUACAAAUUAAAAUUAUUGCGCGUGAUUGAGAAAGAUACUUUGAUUCACCUACCGUUUCGGUCCUGGGAACUUCACGAAUAUCCUUCACUACCGCAAACAACUCGACAGAGCUGGACAAUAAAAACGAGUUCGCAAAUUGAAAAGCCUCGGUACGUGGUGCUGGCCUUUCAGACAGGUAGAAAGAACGACCUAAGAAAGGACGCCUCUACUUUUGACCGUUGUACCCUGACGAAUGUUAAACUCUAUCUGAAUUCACAGUACUACUCUUACGACAAUGUCCACGGCGAUCUCUGUAUAUUUUACGACAUGUACACACGAUUCCAAAGUUCGUACUAUCAAAAACCAGGGUCUUCGCUGGUUGACUUUAAAACAUUCACGUCUCAUGUUACUCUGUACGUGAUUGAUUGUUCCAAGCAGAACGAUUCGAUCAAGUCGGGACCUGUAGAUGUUAGAUUAGAAUUUAAAGCUAAGGAGAAUUUCCCGGCAAACACAGCUGCAUACUGUCUCCUACUGCAUGACUCCCACAUGGCGUACACAGUGCUCACUGGUUCGUUUGCUCCAAAUUUCAACUGUAUCACUCAAGCUUUGGAGACCUCACAGAGGUUGUAUAUCAAGGUGGACAGUGGGGAGGAUGUCAGAGUUUCGAACGUCUUUGGUAAAAUACAUGUGUAUGUCUAUGACGGGGAACAUUCUUUAACGCUUAAUAAGACCGAGUGGGUUCAGUUCGUUAACAACCUUCCGUCGGUCUACAUCGCACUACGGGAUCUCUUUUCGAUCGAGGUGUCGGCUAAGACUGUUGUUCGGUGUCUGCUGGCUGGCGAGAAGGAGGAUUAG